AUGUUCGAGGAGACGUGUCUGGAGGGGACGGGCGGCAUCUGCUCGUGCUACAACAAGCUACAGUGCAAGGACGACAAGAGCUACAGCAGCAAGUGGAUGGAGCCUGCUACCGGUGUGGGCACGUCUGACUACGAGGUGCCGGCGAACUUCACGGAGGGCGAGCUGUGCGAGGGCAAGGACAAGGGCGACCCGCACUUCACGGGCGCCGACGGGUCGCACUUCGACUUCAGCGGGAAGCCGAACCGCAACUACGCGCUGGCGCGGCGCGGCGCGGAGGCGGAGUACGGCAACGGGUACCUGGCGUGCGUGGUGGCUGACGGCGUGGCGGUGGAGCUGACUGUGCCCGGCACGACGGUGCAGCUGUGGGACGGCGCGACGCUCAAGUGGGAGGCUGCGCGCAUGCUGAGCGGCACGGACCUUGUGGACGUGUACGACGUGACGAUCGACGGCGUCGCCACCAUCCGCCUCACGCUCAGGCCCGAGGUCAAGAACCUCCGCACCGCCACGGACGCCGCCGUGCACUUCGGCCUCGACGUGCUCUCCUCCUCCUUCUCCAAGGCCGUGCACGGCGUGCUCGGCCAGACGUUCCGCCCCGACUUCCAGGGCCGCCUGUCCCAGCAGAGUCUGCAGUGGAGUGACCUGCUGCAGGUGAUGGUGGUGCCGGGCGACAACGCGGAGGGCUUCAUCGAUGGAAGCAUGGACGACUACGAGGUGACGGACCUGCUCAAGGCGGACUGCAAGAUGUGCCGCUUCACCGCGCCCACGCCGUGGACGACGAGAUGUCCAUCGCCAUGA